AAAGAAACAUAAAAUGUCGGAAUAUCUCUCGGAAGAACUAGCCAUUGAGAUUCUCGCGAGACUAACCAUAAAGGAUCUUGCUCGAUUCAGAUGCGUCUGCAAGACAUGGAGAGAUGUUAUCAACAGCCGUGGCUUCGCUGAAAGGUACCGUGACAUUUCUCCAGUGAAGUUUGUGUCGUUUUACGACAAUGGUUUCUACUUGCUUGACGUGGAAGACAAGCAUCCGGUUAUAGAAACAACUCGUAAGCUUGAUUUCCCUUUGGAACAUCAGUCCAUGAUUGAUGAAUCUACAUGUGUGCUUCAUUGUGAUGGGACGUUAUGUGUGACCUUAAAGAAUCACACUUUAUUGGUUUGGAAUCCAUCUUCCAACCGGUUCAAGAUCGUACCGAAUCCCGGUAUAUACCGAGAUUCGAACAUUCUUGGUUUCGGUUAUGAUCCGGUUUCCAACGAUUACAGAAUCGUAACGUUUAUCGACCAGUCUGAUUCUUCCACGGCGCAGGUUUUCGAAUUCAGAACCGGUUCUUGGAGAGAUAGUGUACGGAUUCCUUGUCCUGAUUGGUAUUACAGAGAGAGGAUAG